CUUAAAUAUCUGAUGCUCACCCAAGUGUUACUGGUGCUUUCUACAGAACUGUAUUAAGGAAAAGAUCCACUCCUUCUACAAAAUUUUCAUAAAUAUGGCAACCAAAAACUAUUUAGAGUUACACGAACGAACUGAACACAAUGGAAACAACAAGGAGAGUGUCUCAUCGUACUAUGAUAUCAAUGCUCCACAGCACAAUGGAUACAGCAUGGGCAAUUGGAUACCACAUGGCGAACUGGACAUCACUCGGCAAACUGGUUAUCGCUCAUCGGAUUCUGGUCGGCCAUGUUCUUCGUGGACGGAGGAAGCUCAAGAUAUACCCAUCGUCGUGGUAACGCCACAGGACCUUGAACGAAAUAAUCAUAAUAGUAGUAAUGGUAACAGUAUCCAUGUGUUGGUUGGUGAAAAGGGAAGUCCUGAUUUAAAUGAGGAUUCUAAAGAUGGAAAAGUGCAUCAGAAUAAUGGCAGCAGCGCAGACGAAACUCAAGACGAAGACAUGAUGAAAUAUUUCAGCAACAAGCGACAAUCACAUAAAAAGAAAGGUCAGAGUUCCAAAUCUGAAAGUCGCGAUUUUGAGUCACAGACGGCCGAAGAGAAAAUCAUCAAUAGCAUCAAACUACAGAAGGAACUAAUUGAUACUAUUCGUUUUCAACCUUGGAAUAUUCACAAGAAACUAAAGUACCUUAGGAAAGCUAAAGCUUAUGUUAAAGGCCACGAAAAUAGCCUUUCCAGACGCCAAGAUUUCCAGCGGAUGGGUUUCGAUGCUUUUCGACGAAUCCAAAGAGAACUGAUGAAUGCAGUUUCUAUAUUUAUUCCUUGGGAAAUGCAAAUAAAACGAGUCGAAGGCCAUUUUGGAUCAGUGGUGGCCUCAUAUUUCCUUUUCCUUCGAUGGUUGCUGUGGGUCAAUACUAUUCUGACACUGUUAACAGUAGCUUUCAUUAUUCUACCUCAGGUAAUAGCAGGAGAGAAGCAAGCCAUACCAGAAAGCGAAGUCGCCAAGUCUGGAGAUCUUGACACACUUAUAGCAGCAGAGGGUGUCAUGAAAUAUUCUGUGCUCUUCUAUGGUUUUUACCAAAAUACUGCGACAAAGAGCGGUUACGAAAUACCAGUUGCUUACCUACUUACAGGUUUGGCUAUUUAUCUGCUCAGUAUUAUUAUCGUCCUUAACAAGUUGGCUACCAAUGCACGACUCAACAAAACGGCGACCAAAGACGAAAUGUUCUCCUUCUCAUGGAAAUUGUUCAGCAGCUGGGAUUAUAUGGUGGGUAACCCGGACACAGCAAACAACAAGUAUGCUGCCAUUAUUACCACAUUCAAGGAGUCGAUUCGUGAAGUCGAAGAAAAAGAGAAAGUGGAGAAAAAGAAGCUGUUGAUUUUUCUCCGAUGCCUGGGUGUCCUCCUCAGUCUCUUCCUUUACGGACUCAGUGGCUAUCUCACCUACUACAUCGUCACUACUUCGGAGAGCAAUCCAAACGUUGAGAAAUCCUAUUUCGAAGCUAAUGCGACAACAUGGGUCAUAACGGUAAUUUUCUUAGUUUUUCCAAAUUUCUUUGACCUGAUAUCAAAAAUGGAACAGUAUCAUCCACGUACAAACCUUAGGGCACAAUUAGCAAGGGUAUUCAUUCUCAAUUUCCUCAAUCUGGCCUCUCUUCUUUACUCACUUUACCAGAAGAUACUGACGUCAAUUGAGUGCCAACCAAUGAGCCAGGCGGUAUCUGGUAUUUCAUCUUCGUCCAAAGAUGGCGCUGCAACCACCAGAAACACUUCGGCGGUUCAAUCGAGUCAGAAUUGCACCAAGACACAAGGUUUGAAAUGUUGGGAAAAUUACGUUGGCCAGGAAGUUAUAAAACUGACAGAACUCGACUUAGCAAUGACGAUCAUCCUGAUAUUAAUACAAGAUUUCCUGCGAGGACUUUGCGUGAGGUUCUGCAACAAGUGCUGCUGUUGGAAUUUGGAAAAAACUUUCCCAGAAUACCCAGAAUUUAAGACCGCCGAGAACAUUCUGCACCUGAUUAACAACCAAGGUAUGAUAUGGUUGGGAUGGUUCUUCUCGCCUGGUUUGUGCUUAAUGAACCUUGUGAAACUCAUCAUUCUGGCUUAUAUUCGAUUUUGGUCAGUUCUUGUCUGCAAUGUUCCGGAAAAAAGAAUAUUCCGAGCAUCCCGCUCCAAUAACUUCUACUAUGUGCUACUUCUGUUCAUGCUGCUUAUCUGUUGCAUUCCUCCAAUGUUGGCCGUUUUCAACAGCCAUUCCCAAGACUGUGGGCCUUUCAGGGGCCAGGAAGAUGUAAUGGAUGUCCUUGAGAAUCAAUCAGCUGUCUUUGCAAUCAUCAUGAAUUAUGCUAAAAACCCAGCAACGUCCUUCAUCUUACUCGGUGUUCUCAGUAUGGUGAUUUACUAUCUCUGGUCUAUUUCCCGGUCACUCAAAGAAAACAAUGCUGAACUGAAGAACACACUUGACUAUGAACGAACGGAAGGAAAAAAGAAGGUUUAUGCCAUGGCAGAUGCCAGGAGAGCUCAAACAGGUGAAUCGUCCAACUUAACUGAAGGCUCUGGCAGAGAAACGACCCCUGGUAAAGAGAUAACAGUUGAUAGAGGCACGUCGGAAGCAACUCCUCACGAAAAAUGUGACAGUGAUGCAACACAACAGACUAAAAUAAUGAGAACUUCAAAAAAUAUUUUGGUUUCUGGAAAUGUGGAACGGAAACAAGCGUUUACACCAGGUGAUACCAAACGAAAGCAGAGGUGGGCACCUAAAGGUAAACCCCCGGCAACUCUUGUCCCAUCACCAACCUCAGCUUCGACACUAGUCUCACCCACACCCAGAUCACCAACUGCCAGAGCCAAGACACUGAAUCCACCAACAGCUGACACAAAAAUGGGAUCCAGCAUAAUUUCUAAGAAACCACCAUCAUUGCCCAGUGUUCUGAACAAGAAGGUCAACCAUGCAAGAGGAUUCAGCAGUAAAUAUACUUCAAUGCUCCAUGCCGACAGAGAGGCACAACGACUCAAGUAUGAGACACAUUUGGAUGAGAUCAAGUUGGCCAAGCUGAAAAAGUUUCAACUGAACAGAGAAAUCCGGCAUGUUGAGAAUGAAAUCUUACAGUGGACGGUCAAUUCAAGUGAUGAGGUCCCUACUGAAGAUGGACAGUUUGAUUCCUCACUUCACCAUUCUUUACAACAGAGAAAUAAUCAUUCUGAAAGUAAUGAAAGCAUUACUGAAAUGGCAGUCAAUUCUGUGGCCUCAACUUCAUCUGAAAGCAACUUUGGUCGGACUGCAAACAGUGGCACCAGAAGGCCAACUGACCGUUUGAGAAAGCGAAGCAGAGCAAUGUUAACAAAGAGGAAACCUAUUGGCUAUAGUGGUGGUGGCAGCAGCAACAAACCGAAAUCCCAUGUGGAUCAUCAAUUUGAAUCAAAUAUAGAUCAGCACAAAUCACAUGCUGAUCAAACUAGACCGGAAAUUGAUCCAGCCAGGUCUUAUUUUGAACAAGCUGAAUCAUAUAGUGAUCAAGCUGGAUCAAAUAUUGAUCAGUCUGAAUCCUAUAUUGGUCAGAGCAGAUCAGAUAUUAAUAUGACAAAAUCAUAUUUUCAUAAACAAGGAUUAAAUCCUGAUCACUCAAAAUCCUUUGUUGAUCAGAACAGAUCAGAGAUUGAUUCAAUGAGAUCCUAUUUUGAUCAACCUAGAUCAUAUAUUGGUAAGCCUGGAUCAACUACCAGUCACCCUGAAUCGUAUAUUGAUCAGCCUGGUUCAUAUAUUGAUCAGCCUGGUUCAAAUACCGAUCAGCUUAGAUCACAUAUUCUUCAAGAUGGAUCCAAUGUUGAUCAUACUGGACCGUUUGGAGAUUGGUCUGGAUCAUUUCUUGGAGAGAGAAAAGAUGCAGAAGAGUAUGAACGAGGAAGGGGAGGAGGAGGGUAUGUAGGAAAUGACAGUUACUUAUCUGACAGCGACCAAGUUCCGAGUAAGUCUGGUUUUACCAACUUUGCAUUUGAGAGAAACAGCAGAGAGGAAGAGUGAUACUUUUCUAUAUUUUUGAGUUUUCCAUUACCAGCGUUAUACCACCACCACAACACUACCAAAAUACCACCAUCUCUAGCACCAUAACACUAAUGCCAUUGGCACUAUCAUAACACCAUCUUUACCAACACAUCCAAAACUUUGCAAUUACCAACAUCAUACAACACCACCACCAUCAUCAUCAUCACUACAUCCCCAAUUCCAUCAUCAACGCUACAACACCAUCAACACAAUACUACCAAUGCCACCAUCAACAUUAACACAACUACUAACGCAAUAACCAGCACACACCUAAAUUAUAACCACUUUCCAAAAAAAGGAUUCCUCUUUAAAUGUUGAACUUCUCUUUUUCACAACAAAAUUGAUUCCAUUUUGUGAACUUUGACCUUUCCAUCAAGUAGGCCAUCAAACGAAUUUCUUGGGAUUCAACACUUUCAUUGUGUUUCUUACUGACAACAGAGAAUGCUUAACUUUGACUCCAGUUGAAGGAAAAACCUGUCUGUAUCACUACAAAUAGAUCAAACACGGUAUCAGCAGCAAUUAACAAGAAACCAUCAAAGCAUCCGUACUAAUGAGUAGAUAACCUGACUGUCACCUGUCUGUAACACAGUGAGAAGGUAGCUGUUUGAUCCACUUUAUUUAUUUAGAACUAAACAGUGUAACAUGCCAAACUAAAAAAUUGGUAAUAAAAUGUAUCAAGUAGUGUUUGAAAAUAAAAUGCUUAUCUUUCUCUGAUAGAAUUGUCAACGAUUUUUGUCCUACCAACCUUUACUCUCGUCACUCUCUUUUCAAUAAUCA